CUGAUAUCUCAAAUACGAGUUGAUAAAAUGUUCAUAAGAAAGAAGUGAAAUGCUAAUGGAAAUGUUUCACAAUGAUGUCAUUAGGCAGAGCAGGCAACAGAUGGCACACAGACAGCUGAGUUGGGGACAGAUAUGCAGGGACAGACUGGCAGAGACAGGGAGUCUCAGGAGUCAGACUGUGAGUCAGUGAGGGUGGUGAAAGGGAAAGAGCCAAGGAGAGAGACUUCAGAGGACAGUGUCACAGCCACGGCAGGACCAGGUGUCACCCUUGUUGCCAGCAGCACCAGUAUAGGGGACAGUGGCACAGCAUCGUCCAGUUACCUCAGUGAUGGCACAAAACCAUAUCAGCCACACCCACAAUUUAUAGAACCGCAAACUCUUGCCAACAGAGUGUUGACGUUUCAAGAGAGAUGGUUUCGCGAUUUCCCCUGGCUACAUUAUAAUCCAUCAAUAAAAGGAGUGUUGUGUUUUCACUGUAGCCAAGGGUUUUCAAGCCAGCCAUCUUUUGGCCAAAGAGCAGAUGCUGCCUUCUUUAGUGCAGGAUUUAGGAACUGGAGAAAAGCCAUUGAAAAAUUCACAGCACAUCAAAACUGCCAAACCCACCGCCACUUUGUAACUGUAACAGCACACCAGCUAAAUCCAAUCAGUGUCCAGUUAUCCAGCGCAUGGGGUAAACAGCAGGAGGACGCAAGGCAUUGCUUGAUGAAAAUUGUUAGUUCGGUGCGGCAUGUAGUAAGACAGGGACAAGCCUUUAGAGGCCACACGGAUGACAGUGGGAAUUUAUACCAGCUUUUGAAACUCAGGGCAGAAGAGGAUGAUCCCAUUUUACUGAAGUGGUUAACAGAGCGUACCACAAUGUACACAGGCCCCAAAGCACAGAAUGAAAUUCUGAACAUCAUGGCCAAUACAGUCAUUCGAGGCAUUGCAGCUGAGAUUAGGUCUCUUCCGAUUGUACAAUUUUCAUUAAUUGUUGAUGGUACUCAAGAUGUCUCUGGUGCUGAACAGGAGAGUGUCUGUCUGCGUUAUGUUGACCAUGACCUUGUCCCUCACGAGGACUCGCCUGUUGUCUCCGACACCCUGUCUCUGGUAUGCAGGCUGCAGUCGAGUGUGUGCGGUCAUCUCUUAGGGGCAAGAGAAAUGACGAAAGCUACCUUGCACUGUAUGAGAAAGCAACAACUUUGAUUGACUCUAUUGAAUCCAUUGAAUCCAUUGAGACGCACUCAAGACGAUUUGCUGGCAAAGCAGUGGAUCACUA